ACAGCAGCAGAGCGGAGUGCCAAUGUGGGUGUUUCAUGACGCGCGCGCGUCAAAUACAGGUGUCCAUUAACCACCGCGCGCAUCAUGACCUCGAGGAAUGACGCGGAACGCGAAACGCUUUCUGUUUAUACAGGUAAACAUUAGUGGAGAAAGGAAAGAACACACUCCUCUACGAACAAGUCUGCUGUUAACAUUCUGUGCCACUGAAAACUACCGCAACUUUAUUUGGAUUGAGUCACGUCCAGUCCAUUGAAACGGUGUCACGCGUCUGAAAAUUAAAUCAUCGUGCCUGGAAGACCCGUAUCAUCGUGACUGCCGAUGUCCUCUGGAGAUCUGAAGAGCCCUGAUCUGCUCAGCGGUGGAUCACAACACAGGAGGAGAUCCAGGCACUGUGAGACUUUAGCAUUCCCUCAUUGCACCAGCUGUCAGGAAAAGAGCAUCUGCAGAUAUUCAUUUCUUCUUGUAAAAGAGGCCCUGGCAGACCAUCGGAAAGUGCCUCUUCAGUUUCCCUUUUGCAUUAUAUCAGAAAUCUUGCAUUUUCAUGAAACACAAUUCAAACUAGCCUCUGGUUAACUUUGAGAAAAUGAGCUCAGCAAACACUUGGAUAGACUCUAAAUCGUUUUAAACUACAUCAUUUGUAGAAAUAGGGUAGCUAUGAGUCUUGGUGAGUGAACUCCACAUCAUAAUCAGACUUUAAAUCCUCCCACUGGAUCCUGGAGGGCCCAAACCUCAUCAAGGGGAUAAUCAUGGUGAUGUCACAGGGCACCUAUACGUUUCUGGCGUGCUUUGCCGGCUUCUGGCUGAUCUGGGCUCUCAUUGUCAUGCUUUGCUGCUUUUGCAGCUUCGCCCAGCGCAAGCUGAAGCGCCGGCGUGAAGAGAGGCUGAGGGAACAGUGCCUGCGUGCACUGGAGAUGGAGCCUCUGGAGUGCACUGGAGGGGGAUAUCCUCCUAGGGAGCCCCCUCAGGUCUGCCCACCCAUUCAAAUGAUAUCUUCACAGCUGCCUGUAACACACACUCUCCCUCAGGCAAACUGGACUAUCCCUGAAGCAGACACAGAUGUCUCUGGAAAACCUCCCUGCUACGAAGAGGCUGUAUUGAUGGAAGACCCACCACCCCCUUACAGUGAGGUUCUGGCAGACCCGAGGGGAGGAACUUACACCAAACCUUCAUCCCGGUCCUCCAGAGAGCAUCAGGAGUCUGAGACCAGCAAGAUGGCCCCUGUGACCGUGUUUCCAGAACGUGGCUACUCCUCCCUAAUACGCCUACCUUCGGCCAGACGCUGGGACUCACUGGGGCACCUCCUGUCCACCAUGGACCUUAACCACAACAACCUACCGGUUGAGCCUCAGGCCUCUGCCAUCGCCACCAUGCCUCGUGAGGGCCGGACUCACACAGACUUGGGCUUGCGGGGACUCCGUGGUCUGGAUCAACACUAUGGUUUGCCCACAGCCUUUCCCCUUUUGGGUCGAAGCACAGCGGUAUGAGGCCACAAAAAUAGACCUCUGGACCACUUUCUGAAAUGAACAGUCACAAUGCUGAGUCAUAUGUGUUCUGAAAAGUCUUCCAGAGGCAUUUCAAUCUCUGUCUUUUGGGAGCCGAAUUAGUUCAGGAUGAUUCAGCUUUGUUCAGGAGUUCAUUUGCAGAUUCAUCAUACUCGCUGUUCUCUCUCGUCGUCCUCCUUUCUCUCCGUGGCGUCUCCACCUGAUGCAGAGCAGCAGCUAUUAUGUGAAUGCUGUUGCCAUGGCUCCCGGGAGCUGUCUGCAGCCCACCAACACCUCGCCCCUCACAUCAUCUCUUCUUCCUUUCUCAUCUGAUGAGCCAGCGGCUCACUGAUAUAAUACAAAUGACAUUUCAAACCCUGUGUUUGUGACAUGGGGUAAAAUACAGAAGUGCGACAUGGUGAAAUGACAGUGGUAGGUCUGUACUGUAGCUACACAAUACUGCUCAGCUGUACAAAAAUAUUUUAUAAACUGGGAAACAAUACCUGGCAUCUCUUUCAGGAUUUUCUGCCAAUUCUUUUUUUCGAGAAGGAACCUGAUUUUUGGGGGUGGAAGGAAAAGCUUCAAAGUAAUCACAAAUCCUCAAAAGGAUGUUGGCUGAAGAAUAGCGAUUUUUGAAACUUCUGUUGUGUCCAUUGAAAAAAGUUGUCUCUCACAGCUUAAAGGGGUCGUUAGCUGCCUUUUUUAUUAUUUUGCACUGUUCUCUAAGGUCCCUUACCAAGAUUUUUACAUCAAAAAACAUAAUAGGCUAUUUUCUGCCAUGUUUUUAACCCCCCCUCAUCAGAACACCCUAUUUGAAUAGGCGUUGCAGAGUGUAGACUCUGAAGUAACGCCCACUGUUAACAGUUGUGUAUGUUUGACAGUACAUCCUCCAUAGAUGAACGCUGCUGUGAUUUAGGUUAAAAAUGCGUAAAUACUCUGUAGAUAUCAAACAACCUCAGACAAAGCAAUAGUGACCACGUAAUGAAAACAGUUACUCACACUUGUGUGGUGCGACAUUACGGUCAAAUCCAAUAAAGAUGGCACAUCAUUGUCUUUUAAUUUCAGUCUUUCUGAAAAACCUGCAUAGAAUUGUGCUUUGUUUGUAAAAGAAUCCACAGAAAAAUUAAGUAAACAAAAGGACCAAGUUCUUGCUGACGUGGUCUGGAACUUCAUUUAAACUAAAUUUAAUUUACUCUUUCCUAAUGUUAGAAUCAGAAGCAAGGCGAUGCAAAGACCGUGUUUUUCCACAACUUUGCACUGUACAGCGUCUUGUUUUCUUCAGAGCAUCAUUGUUGCGUGGACCUGCAUUUUCCGCUCUCAUUUACAAUACAUGCACGACUCAAUGGGUGGGUCUAAAGAGGCAGCGAUGUAGAAGCAGGGGUUGAUCUUCCUCUGUGGAGUUGGUGUUUAGCCACACUAUUACGUCAGAGUGGUACAUUCCACAGCCUGUUGUUUUGGCAGACUGUCUUCAAUAUAAGCUGUUUUUAGUGUAAUGAGAAAGUUUUGAGUUCUAAAAAGGAUGUUUAUAUAGUACAAUGACCUCUUGUGUGUCAAAAGAUCAAGGGAAUUUAGAUUUUUUUGGUUCUUGACCCCUUUAAUGCAAUAUUUCAUGAUUAUACAUUGAGGAACUGCCUUUUAUUUCAUGUCAAUAGUACUAUUCUCUUUUUUUACUGAUUCUGAAUCUCUGUAUGAAGAUUGAUGAUUGAUGAAGAUGAUUUUUUAAAUAUGAAAUCUAUCAUCCAAAAGUGCUCGUCCGAUUGUAGAUAGGACCUUGUUUGUAAUGACCUGCGAAUAGAAUUUGUCACAUUUUCACGCAUCAACAUGUUGCCCACGUUUUUCCCUGCUGUUGUUGCUGCCACAUGUGAGAUUUCUGUCCUUUAUUCAGCCAACUCCAUUUAUAUACUGGUGCUUCUCAGAGUUAGACCAACUGAAUCUCUUUCGCUAGGCUGUUUACGUCAUCAAUGUAGUGAUUGCUACAUUGUAAAAAUGCUUGAUUAAAUUUUUUCCUUUUAUUUCCAUCAUUUCUGUAUGUUUCCAUGUCCUUAAACGAUUCUACCUCAAUCCAUCUAAUGGCUGUCUUUGUCAGCUUCCCGGCACAAAACUCUGCUUUCAUGCAUGCGCUGGAUGUUUUAAAGUGACAUUUGAUUAAAAUAAGCUCAAUUUUGGAAAUGUGAAAAAGCAUUUAGCAGCGUAUGUGGGCACCCAUUCAGCACAAUGCUUUUACAACAUCAUAGUGAUGAGUCUUUGGUUUGUUUUUAAUUGCACAGCCAUUAUUAGACCCCCCAAAAUAACAAAAGCAUAAAGGAAUCAUACAUCCCACAACCUAUAAAGACUUGGUGUACGAGGCAUUGUUCCUUUGCUGCGUUUAUAACCUGUCCUGACUAAAUUACACUAAAUUAAUGCAAUUAAAUUAAGAACGCAUCGAUUACUUUUUCAAAUUUCAUUCCUUCAAUGAUGAAAUAGUGUGUACGUGUUAAAUGUUGGAAAUUUAAACAAGUGAAAAAAAUUAAUUUGACAGUGAAAGUUUACCUUGAGUACAAUUUCAAGGCCAAAGUACACCAUGUUUUAAUUUCUACUUGAAAUAAAAAUAAUGCCCUGUAAUGUCCUGUAAUAAUAAUAAUAAAAAGUUAAGUUCAGGUGAAAUAUUCAUAUUUUUGCACAGAGACAAUCAGUUAAAUUUGAUCAGGUUACACUACAGCAUUCAGAAAUGGCUACAGCCCCAAAAUACUUCAAUUAAUCUUAAAGAAAGGUUUGAUGUUUAUUUUAGGAGAAUAUUGCCAUUUAAAAUGACUGUAUCUGCUUUUACUCUCUAUAUUCAGUUAUAUCACAACAGAAGCUAAAGACAGAGAUGUAAACCGUCUUCUCUCUGCUAGCAAUGUGUUGCUAAGCAACCGUAGAAGAGCUGUGUGAAUCUGUUUGCAUAGAUGAAGUGAGCAGUACCGUCACUGUUCUGGUACACAGCCUUCUCACAUCCACUAUGAUAAGUGGACUGUGGUUUGCAAAUUAGCAUAUAUGAGACGUAUUAUGUACCAAAUGUACCCCGUUUGUGCCAUUUUCAAUGAAAGCCAUCAUAAAGAGGCUCUGAUCUACCAAUCAAAAGGAUUUUUGUGUGUGAAUCUCUUUUGAUCUGGAAAGAGUCUCAAUUUAGAAUCAGUUUUGUCCUCAUUUGACAAUAAAUUCACACUUUAAAUUCCCCAUAGCACACUUUCUUUCUCUGUCACAUGAACUGUGAAUGGCAAACUGUGAAAGUGUUUCAUGCAAUGUUCAUGUAGCAUGUAAAGUGUGCUUGUGUGUGCGGCCACGCUAUAGUCGGAGCUGUACUAUUUCAUAGCUGCUAUGUACACGAUUUCCAUGCUCAUAUAAGUAAUUUUUGUUUGUUUUCUAAAAAUAUACACAAUACACAAACAGGCACAGUGAAUGCCUGAUAUCUGAUAAAUAAAACUGAGGUACAAAGUCUAAAGUUA